AUGGAUUGUUGUCAAUGGUUUGUGGGUCGAACUACCCCUGCUAGUGAACGUAUUACCAGAAGGUUGGAAUUUGCCUGCUUAUUUGAUAGUCAUUAUACAGAUAGCCAAUGUUGGCCCUGUUCUAUAUGUCCCUCUGACGAAAUUGUUCCAAUCCAAAACGAAUGGAUUUUGUUCACGUUGUUUACAACCACGGAGAGGAUAGCUAAUUAUUUGAUACUUACAAUUGCUUUAAUAUCAUGUUUACUACUUGCACAGUUUUGGAAGACAGUGAUUUAUAUACCAUCUCUAAAAACUGGUUAUCAUAGUAUUGGAUUGUUUAUUUUGGCUCUAUUAGCAUCAACAGUUGAUUGUACUUCAUCUGUUACGUUUAUAACAUACCUAAAUGGAAUGCCUCAGUUGUACGUGGGAGCUUUACACUUUGGUGAAGCAUUUAGUGACUUAGUUCCAAGUGUACUAGCGCUUAUUCAAGGAGUUGGUCCAGAACCAGAAUGUAUUAAUACAACAGUUAAUGGUACAUAUCAAGUGGUGCCUUUUUUCUCACCACCGCGUUUUACAAUUAGUACAUUCAUAUAUCUGUUAUGUGUGGUUUUGGCAUUCUCCUUGAAUGCAUUCAUUUUAUUGGACUGUUCAUCUUUUGGUUUGGGGAAAGCUGUUCACGAACACUAUAAAAAAAAUAGUCUCAAACUAGAUUCUAGUGACAACAAUGAUCUAAGAAGACCUGCUUCACGUGAAAGCAUAAAAACUUUUGAUCUCACCUUUGAGAAAUCUGAAAGUGAUAUUGUUAUGGCAUCUAGUUUUGUUGAAGGAUUUUCUCAAUUGCACAGUGAUGUUAAUAUUGCAGAUCAUUCUGGACCGAGUACAGUUUUAUCCUGUUUCCUUAUCGGUUACAUCAGUGCCCUUAACUAUGGAUUUUUGCCAGCUAUACAAUCAUAUUCUUGUGCUGCUUAUAAUGCGCUCACAUAUCACUUGGCAGUUACUCUAUCAGGAGCAUUUUCUGCUAUAUCCACAGUAUCAACCACAUUUUUUGUGAAUCGUUAUUCCAAACAAAUAAAGUCGACUGUUUAUGGCGAAAUUAGAUCAAUAUCAAAUGACUCACACAAUAUGAACUCUAGAAUAUCAAAACAGAAUGAUGCGAAUUCUGGACACGAAGUCAUAGUGAUUGCGAACAAAUCAUUUAUGAAUUCAGUUCAUAGAAAAUGGAUCGGUAUUGUUAUUGUUUCUUCAUUGCCGGCAGCUUAUCUGAUUUGUUUGGCUAGUUCCAGUCCUAAACCACCUUUAUUAGGUGGUUUCGGCUCUGCAAGUUCUAUAUUAGCAUGGAUUGCAGUUCGAUGUCUAUUCACCAGUUUACGCACAUGGAUAUGGAUGAGUUUGUCUAGUCAUUCCAAUAAACCGAUGAAACUUCGACUAGCUGGAUUGUCGACACAAUUCGGUGCAGCUUUGGGAGCAAUUUUGAGCUUUCUGUUAGUUGUCUAUUUCCAGUUGUUUAAAAACAAAAUACCUUGUUUAGAAAUCUGA